GUUUGACUGGUUCUUUGUUUUAAAUGGAAAGUGCUUGUAAGUAUUAUAAAGUUUCAUCGACGAUGGACAAAUCAGUGAGGAGAUUUGUUUGUGUGGCUCUAAUAGUUUUUGGAUUUACAAGAUCAGCAGAGCUUAAUCAUUUGGUGGGACCUACACAUCCUCUCUUCGUUGUUGCUGGUGAUGAUGCGAUUCUGCCUUGUUACAUUAAACCCAACACAAGUGCUGUGGAUAUGAGAGUUGAGUGGUUUAAACUUGAUCAGCAAGACUCAGUAGUGCAUUUGUAUGAAGCUCGUGAAAACCAAACUACAGAGCAGAGCCAGUCCUACAGAGGGAGAACAUCAUUGUUCCAACCAGAGCUACAGAAAGGAAACGCAUCACUUAGACUCUCAACAGUCCAGGUCACUGAUAACGGAACUUACAAAUGUUUUAUUCAGUCAGAAUCCUGGUAUGAUGACAUCACUGUUGAUAUCAUAGUUGAAGCUGUAGGGACUCAUCCGAUGAUCAUUGUUGAGGAAUUUGAUCAUUCGGGAGGACUUCAUCUGCUGUGUAAAAGUAAAGGCUGGAACCCUGAACCUGAGCUUGUGUGGUUGGACAGUAAAGGAGAUAGAUGGAUUAAUGAUGACGUAGAGAAACACACAGACUCAAGGGGUUUUAGUUUACAGCAAAGAAUUACCGUUUAUUAUAGUGACAACAAGUAUCACUGCAGAGUCAAACUGAACCAUCAUUUGAUGGAGACUGAGAUCAUUGUUUCAGAUCAAAUGUUUAAUGUUUGGAGGACAUCCGUUAUUUUGAUUUCAAUAAUGGUUGUGUUCAGCGUGCUUGCUGCAAUUGUAGUUGCUACUUUUGUUUACAGAAGAAGAGGUCACUGCAACCAAAAGAUUCAUGGAGAGAUCACAAGAAUACAAAAAUAUGCAGUGGAUGUGACAUUGGACCCAGAUACAGCGCAUCGAUGUCUGAUCUUGUCUGAAGAUGGGAGACACGUGCGAAGUGGAGAAAAAAGACAGAAUGUCCCAGACAACCCUGAGCGGUUUGAUAAAUGUGGUAACGUUCUAGGAAAAGAGGGAUUCUCCUAUCGAAGAUUUUAUUUUGAAGUGAUAGUGAAGGGGAAAACUGAGUGGGACUUGGGAGUUGCCAAAGAAUCCAUUACCAGAAAGGAAAAGGUUGCAUUGAGUCCUCAGAAUGGAUACUGGACCGUGUGUUUGAGAAAUGGGGACAAUUAUAGCGCCUGUGCUGGGCCCAAUGUCUCUCUGUCUCUGAGAGUGAAGCCCCAGAAGGUCGGUGUGUUUGUGGAUUAUGAGGAGGGUCUGGUCUCCUUUUAUGAUGUAGAGUCCAGGUCUCAUAUUUACUCUUUCACUGGGCAGUCUUUCACUGAAAAACUUUAUCCAUUCCUUAACCCAUGUACAAAUGUGAAAUACAGAUAUUCAGCUCCUUUGAGAAUUUCAUCUGUCGAUUGUCAAAGCAAAUUACUUCCCUAACCAAAAAUGUCUUAUAAAAGUCGCUUGACAAUUUCAUAUUAUUUAUACAUUUCUUCAAGGCAUUUGGAAGGCUACUGUGGAACUUUUUUAAAGCGGCCCUGCAACGAUGUGUCAUGCAUUCUGACUUCUUUACAAUGUUAAAUGUGCUGUCUUCUCAUGCUUUACAUGAUCAACUUGUCAAAA